AUGGAGGGCGUGGUGGUGAAGCAGGGCUUCCUGUACCUCCAGCAGCAGCAGACUUUUGGGAAGAAAUGGCGCCGGUUCGGGGCUGCACUGUAUGGAGGUUCAGGCUGUGCAUUGGCCCGGUUGGAGCUCCAGGAGGGCUCGGAGAAGUCGCGCCGAGGAGAGGCCCCCCGGAGGGUGAUCCGCCUCAACGACUGCCUGCGGGUGUCUGAGGCCAGCGGGGAGGCCAGCAGCCCCCGGGACACCAGCACCUUCUUCCUGGAGACCACGGAACGCCUGUAUCUGCUGGCCGCCCCCACCGCCGAGCGUGGCGACUGGAUACAGGCCAUCUGCCUCCUCGCCUUCCCCGGUCAGCGGAAGGAGCUGUCAGGGCUGGAGGGGAAGGGUGGCCGGCCCCGCAUGGAGGAAAAUGAAUUGUACAGCAGCGCGACCGCAGGGACCCCCCAAAAGGAGUUUGCUGUGACCAUGAGACCCACAGAAGUCAGUCAGAGGUGCCGGCUCCGGGGAUCCUACACCCUCCGGGUUGGGGAGAGUGCCCUGGAGUUGUGGGGCGGCCCCGAGUCGGGCACCCAGCUAUAUGAAUGGCCUUACCGGUUCCUCCGGCGCUUUGGGCGGGAUAAGGUAACCUUUUCCUUCGAGGCUGGCCGGCGCUGUGUCUCAGGAGAGGGCAACUUUGAGUUCGAAACCAGGCAAGGCAAUGAGAUCUUCCUGGCCCUGGAAGAGGCCAUCUCUGCCCAGAAGAACGCCACCUCUCCUGGGCCCCAGACCCAGCCAGUCCCAGUCCCUGCGGUGCUCCCCCGGCCAGAGAGCCCCUAUGCCCGACCCCACGACUCGCUGCCACCACCGUCGCCCACCGUCCCGGUGCCCGCUCCCCGGCAGCAGCGUGGACCAGAGGGAGAGUACGCCGUGCCCUUCGAUGCAGUGGCCCGGAGCCUGGGGAAGAGCUUGAGGAGCAUCCUGGCUGUUCCUCCCCAGCCCCCAGCCGACCCUCUGUACGACAGCAUCGAGGAUCACCCACACCCACGACCCGACCACAUAUACGAUGAGCCCGAGGGGAUGGCCCCGCUGGCCCUGUAUGACAGCCCACAGGAGCCCCGGGGUGAGGCCUGGAGGAGGCAGGCCACAGCCGACAGGGACUCCAGCGGCCUCAAGCAUGGCUACAUAGUGGGACAGGACUUUGCUGCCUCCGGCUGGCCACAGGGGACUGAGUAUGACAAUGUUGUACUUAAGAAAGGCCCAAAGUGAUGGAGCGUGGAGGAAAUGCGAUCCCCAAGGGAAGCCAGUGCUGGAGUCCUGUGCACGCGGGGCCAAAGUUAGAGGCUGGUGAGAAGGAGCUGGAGGGGCAGGCAGGCCUCCUCUUCCAGCUUCUGCUGGUGACUCCUGGCCACCACAUCCCAGGAGCCCUGCUCUUCUCCUUCUUGAACCCUCAGCUUGACCAUUUUAGUCUGGUCCGAGGAAUUGUCCCCUUCAGGGCUUGUGGCAUGAGUCACCAUCUGAGGGCAGGAAGAGUGCCCUGCGGAGACCGCCCUUCUACUCCUUCUCCACUUCCUCUUCUUUUGCCAGCCCCGCUGGCCUAAAUGGAACCUCCGGCAUUUAGAGGACAAGAG